UUUAGCUAGUAGUGUAAAUGUUUGUUGACUCGCCUACUGUCACUCCAGCUGGACACAAGUGCACUUUGUUGGGACGAACACCAACUUUACCAACUAAAUAAAUGAUAAACCUGCUCGUUUCCCGCAGACGUCCCAUCUGAAGUGUUGAUGUCCGUGUCUGCCGUCUGCUUUUCUCGGCUGCUGAGAUGCGCUCGAUGCGUGCAUCCUGCCAGGUGUGUGCGUGUGCCCGGAGUCCGCUGGCACACCACUCGUUUGGACAUGGACGGCAGCGGCCGUCCAGCCACCUGGGACUCCUUCGGGAUUUGGGAUAACCGGAUAGAGGAACCCAUCCUGCUGCCACCCAGCAUCCGCUACGGAACCCCGAUCCCGCACAUCAGUGUGUCCAGGGUGGGCUGCGCGACUCUGAUCGGCCGCCGGCGGGAAAACGAGGACCGUUUCCAAGUGAGCGAGCUGACGCAAAACGUGCUGUACUUCGCCCUGUUUGACGGACACGGGGGCGCACACGCCGCAGAUUACUGCCACAAACACAUGGAGCAGAACAUCAGGGACUGUUUGGAGAUGGAAACAGAUUUACAGACAGUUUUAUCAAAAGCGUUCCUGGAGGUGGAUGCAGCUUUGGAAGAGAAGCUGCAGAUUUACGGCAAUGCCUCCCUCAUGAUGGUGGGCACGACGGCGACAGUGGCUCUGCUUCGGGACGGCAUUGAGCUGGUGGUCGGCAGCGUUGGAGACAGUCGAGCUCUGCUGUGUAGGAAAGGAAAAUCACGCAAACUCACAGACGAUCACACUCCGGAGAGAAAAGACGAGAAACACAGGAUCCGUCAGAGUGGUGGGUUCGUGACCUGGAACAGCGUCGGCCAGGCUAACGUUAACGGCCGCUUGGCAAUGACCCGCAGCAUCGGAGACUUUGACUUGAAAAAAAGUGGCGUGAUCGCUGAACCAGAGAUCACACGGACUCUAUUGCAGCACGCUCACGACUCCUUCCUGGUCCUCACCACUGACGGCGUCAACUUCAUCAUGUCCAACCAAGAGAUCUGUGACAUCAUCAACCUGUGCCACGACCCCACCGAGGCGGCAAACGUCAUCGCUGAGCAGGCUCUUCAGUACGGCUCUGAGGACAACAGCACAGUGAUCGUGGUCCCGUUUGGAGCCUGGGGGAAACAUCAAAACACAGACUACACACACGACAUGAGCCGAAACUUUGCCUCCAUAGGCCGCUGGUCUUAACAUGAAGACUAACACUCUCCAACUACAGCACUGCCGUUACACUGACAACUGCACUAUGAGGAGGAGGAAACAUCUGCUUUAAACCAACCUUUACAUCUAAAGACAGAAGGUGUGGCGGAUUAUUUGCUUUAUUAUUCGUGACCCUGGACGCAAAACCAGACUUAUGCUGCAUGGAUAGAUUUGUGGAAGGAGCCAAUAUAUUAUAUAUAUAUAUAUAUAUAUAUAUAUAUAUAUAUAUAUAUAUAUAUAUAUAUAUAUAUAUAUAUAUAUAUAUAAUAAAGGGGUUUUUAACCAAUACAUACGUACACUGAAAUUAAUGAUUAGUUACAAUGUGCGUAUUGUGUAAAUACAUGUUUAUGCAUUGCACUUACAGUGGGAAAACAAAUAUUGGACACAGAUUUUUUUCCUUUGUGAAAACAACUCGCUCUUUUAACUGUACAUAAUCAGCAGCUUUCUGUGUAUAUUUUAGUGAUGUGUUUAUCAGUGUAAAUGCCUAGUCUAGAGCAGUGGUUCCCAACCUGUUUUUGCCCGAGAUCCCCUUUUCCCCUGAAAAUAUUGUAAGGCCCCCUCCACGUUUAAUGAUAUCAUCACGCAUAAACGUUUGCAGUAAUGAUGACAAAGAAUGUUGUUUUCAAACAAACAGUGUGUUUAUUACUAUAUCAAGAUAUGUUUAUGCACAAAUAAUAGCCUAAUGCAAAAUAUACAAGCAAAACAUCAUUUACAUUUCGUCAUUUAGCAGACGCUUCUAUCCAAAGUGACUUAGAAAUGAGGACAAGCAAGCAAUUUACACAAACAAUGAAUUAAGUGCUGUAGGCAAGUUUCAGGUAUGUAAAGUGUAAGAAGCAAAACAUUAGUCAUUUAUUUUUAUUUUUUUUGUAGUACAGUUAGCGGUAGAACCAGAGAGGCAUUUGCAGAUUAGGAAGGAAAGUGGAGACUAAAUAGUUGAGAUUUUUUUUAUAAAACGGACCUUAAACGCGCCGGUUUUUGCAUUGGCAUACAGUUCGCCGGAAGUGCUUGACCCAGGUUACUGGCAAAUUAAAAGUCCCAUUUGCAUGCUUCGGCAUAUACCCCAUUAAUCCACGGACAGGUGGUUGAGGACCACUGAGCUAGGGGAUAAAAUGAAGUCAACAUGAUCAUUCUUCAAAUUGUCCACUGCUAAGUAUUUUUUUUUAAAUAUGACACGACCCCCACCAAAGCUCACUGUUGUGGGCAGGGACCCCCCAUGUUGGGAACCACUGGACUAGAGGAACUGCAGACAGAAUUAACCUGAAUAAGUCUUCUGUGGUUCUCGGUUUUAGCAAGAAAUGUCCAUAUUUUUGUACCUUUAAAGGUGUUGUAUGAAAGUUUUUGACUCUUCUAAAGCAUAAACAUAUUGUAAUAUGUAGGCAGAUAUUUCAGAAACAUGCCAAGUGAGCUUUCUUGUUUAUCUGGAGAACAAUGCUAAAGUCAGAUAUUCUGCUUUAAAGGUCCCAUGAAAUUAGUUAGUAGCAGUAUUGUUCGAUUUUAAGAUAUCUAUAAUCUAGUGCGCUCCAAAAUAGUGACGAAAUUUGCGUUUAGAAGAUUUAAAACAGAUAUAAACAUGUGAAGCUUUAAUGCACUUUUGCCUAAAUGGAUCAAUGAUUUUAUUCACCUCACCCCAUACUUCAGCUUCUCAUCAAAUCUUCUGACCAAUCAAAUCCUCUCUAGUUUCUGACUUGCCCGCCCCCUUCUUCUCAUUGGCUUCUAAUUUGAUGUGCCUGAGCUCAACCACUCUCACUUGCAGAGCUGUGAUAUAAACAAAAUGCUAUUGGCUGUUUUAAAAAGUGGGAGGAGCUAUAUUAUGUCCCGUCCUCUUCUUCUGUUUCGGUUGAGAUUAUGUCAGACAUUGAAUGAAAAUUCGCUCCAUAAGACCUUAAACCUAGUUCAGCCGCUAGGUGUCAAUCACACAUACUGCACCUUUAAAUCUCUCCUCAUCAAGUCACUUUUGUGUUUUUUUCACUAUCUUGAAUAUGAUGGACUAAUUCUCAGUGCCUUAUUUCUUGAAUAUGAUGUGAAUACAAUCACAAAUUCAGCAUAUUAGAUUUUCCUGAGGUUUUGCGUUGGUUUACAGAUCUUGUUUGAACAUUUAGUUUCAGUCAAUAUCUUCUGAGUGAAUACAAAUGUGAAUGCAAGAUAAAAUAAAACUGUAUUGUGAAAUGUG